CCAGGUUAUUGAUUAUUUUUCCCAAUUUUUGGUAGGUAGUAAUUUCAAAAGUCUUUUUUCAAUUUUUUUUAUUAAAUUUCCAAUACUGUAAUUUAUUACCAUCCAUGAUAAUUUCAUUCUGGUGUUAGUAUUAGAAAGCUCACAAAAUUUCUCCAGUACUAAAAAAACUGAUUAACCCCCAAACCAGAGGUGAGAGAAAGACAUGGAAGUUCAAAUAGUGGAGGGCAGCGGCAGCGGAAGCGGCGGAGUAGCGUACACAUUGAAACCAAGUCGAUACAGCAACGAAGACAUACUUUUCUGUAUUGAUGUUGACAACGAAAGUAUGGUUGAAAUGAAGAACACUGGACCAAAUGGACGACCCAUUACCCGACUUGAUUCAAUCAAACAAUCCAUUCUCUUAUUCAUCCAUGCCAAACUCACCAUUAAUCCCAAUCAUCGUUUUGCCUUUGCUUCUCUUUCUAAUUCUGCUUCUUGGGUACGAAAGGAGUUUACAAGUGAAGUUGAAUCUGCAAUCGCUGCAUUUCGAGGGUUGUCUGUGAGCUCAUCAGGAGGUCAGGCAGACCUUUCCCAGUUAUUUCGAGUUGCUGCUCAUGAAGCGAAAAAAUCUCGGUCUCAAAGUCGAAUAUUAAGAGUGAUCUUGCUGUAUUGCCGUUCAUCUGUGCAACCGCAAUUUCAGUGGCCUAUUGACCAAAAGCUCUUCACUCUGGAUGUAAUUUACCUUCAUGACAAGCCAGGACCUGAGAAUUGCCCCCAAAAAGUUUAUGAUGCUCUUGUAGAAGCCCUUGAACAAGUUACUGAGUAUGAGGGCUACAUCUUUGAAAGUGGUCAGGGCCUUCAACGCGUUCUUUUCCGUCACAUGUGCUUGUUGUUGUCACACCCUCGGCAACGUUGCUUGCAAGAUGACCUUGAUUUACCCAUGUCACUGACUAAGAAAUUGCCUGCAACUGAUGCUGCUCAGGCUGAAGAUACCAUCACUGUGUCUAGCCAAUGAAAAUGUUGAUUGACUAGGUAGUCGGGGAAUUCAGCAGAUUUUUUGAAUAUUUGUUGUAGUUGUCAUCUUCAGACAUUGUAUCGUAGUUAAAAAGAGACAGCUGCUGCUUUUCUGGUUUCCAUGUACUAAGUUAUCUAGGCAUCCCUAUCUCUGUUUCUAAGUUGGCACUAUGUAAAUUCUGGAGCUUUUUACUGAUGAAGUUCAGCAAGUGUAAAGUGUAAUGUUUAUUAACUUCAAUUGAUGUGCAUUAGUAUAUUUAUCUCAGUGACCCUGUAUGAUGUAUUGAUGUUGGUUAGUUGUUCUUAAGAGUGAAUUAAACUUGCCAGUAA